CUCGCAGAAAUAUUGUCCCAUAUUUUUGGUGCAGCAGCCUUUUAAGAAAGUGGGUUAAAUUGGUAGUGCGCAAAGUAGUUAUCUGUCUCACUCAAACUACCAAACGUGAGUGAGGUCGCAUUUAGGGACAUUGCAAAAACGUUCGGUGAAUUAUUCUCUCUGGAUAAGAAAAGCGCGGCAGAUGAGCCAAAUGAUUUACAAAGGAAGCGACGAUUUAGAUGAAGAUGAAGACCGACCGCGAAUAGCGCUUCCGUUUAACUGCAGCGGAGAACCUCUCGAUGAAGACCAUGUCCCCACAACAGGUGACGAGUAUUUGCGGAAGGUCCACCAGGAAGCCAGAAACUGUCCACAGGUUCUUGUAGCUUCAAUAGAUCCCUUAAAACUUCGUCCAAGUUCUGGUGUCAUUCCAAGAACGCCUUCUGAUUUUGAAAAACUACGCCCUCUAGUUGGUUUUGAACCUUCUAUUGAGUGGCAGCUUGAACAAGUAUCUCUAUUUUCGGAGGUGCGACAGAGAUUUGCUUUCGAAAAACAGCAACGAAUUUCACGAAAUCCUCGACCGAAACCUGACGAAGUCUUGAGCGGCAUUUCUAGAGCAGAGGAAUGGCUAGAAAAAAUCGAAAAUGAAACUAUCGUUCCCUUGGUUAGCAUAGUGACAUUAAUCCCGGGUGCGCGGAUACUCCAGCUAAUAUGCUGGCAUACUGAAUUAAUUCAGAGGAGAUUCACAGCACAGCAAGGUCGUUGGCUAUUUGCUCUUUUAGCAGCGUUAGAGAAACCGUUAUCGCCCGAAGCAUGUGAUUCGAUCCGAGCGUUGGCCCGGGCAGCGUCUAAGGCAAGGGCAGCUAUUGGUGAUUAUAGUGCUGGCCCUUCGCAAGAGGACACCGCGGAGGUGAUAAAACAUCGGGAGCACAUUACAGCAUUAAAUCUGAUCAUUUGUCUUGUGAGCAGAUAUUUCUCGCAAACUGAUUUAGCUGAUUGAAUAUAUAACUAAUUAAUAAUUAUUAUACAUUUUGGUGGGAUUCAACAGUCUUCGAUGUUAGCUGUGGUUUGAUUAAUAAUCUAUGAAAAUAAA